AUGUCCUCCGCUAAAACAACCAAAAUCACCCCGAAUGCCGCCGCAACCGUCGCUUCACCAUCGUUGCUCUCGGCAGAGGCAAUAGCCCAAAACGAAGACAUCCUUCACGAAAUCCUUCUUCGCCUUCCAAUCAAGUCCCUAAUGCGGUUCAAAUCCGUAUCCAAACCCUGGCUCUCUCACAUCACCAGCACCAACUUCGUCCGUAACCGAACCGCUUACUGCAACCAAUCAAUUUCUGGUCUCAUCUUGCGACGCCGCUCCCGGCCAUACCUUCACGGCAUUCCCGAAUUCGACUAUUUCAAUCUCAGCGGCGGUGAGAGCUCUGCCAUUUCCUCCGGAGUUCCCUUCACUAAUGGACGUCUCACUUUCACCGACGGUGGGAAGUCUGCCAUCGGAAUAUUGCAGUCUUCCAACGGACUACUGCUGUGCACGAAAGUUCUCAAACGCAGUUACUUCCAAACUCCGGCCUCGCCGAGAGAGUGCUACAUUUACAACCCCGCCACAAGGCGGUACUCCGUACUCCCUCGGAAUAUUUCAUCUUCCGCCAAGGUCUUAGGCUUCAGUUUGGCCUUCGAUCCCUCAAAAUCUCCUUACUACGAAGUCAUCUGCGUCUGCGGCGACAGCAAUAGUAGAGACAAUAACGAUCAGCAUUGGAUCGAAAUUUACUCGUCCGAGACUCGGCGUUGGAGGCUCUCUACGUGCGGAUCGUUCCACACCGAGCAGUCGAGUGUCCGGUUCGACGGCGGCGUCUACUGGAACGGCACAAUUCACUGGAUUAGCUUGCAGGGAAUCUUUUACUACUUCAAACUCGACGAAGAGCAAAUAAGAGAGAUUCGAAUGAGUCCGGUAAACCGACCGUGCUUUUUUAAGAGAUACAGGUACUUUGGAGAGUCCAACGGACACCUGCAUCUCAUCGAUCACGUUGAAGAUCUCGAGUCGCCGUCGCCGUCGCCGCCGUGCUUCGACGUGUACGAGAUGGCGGAGGACUAUUCCGGGUGGUUCGUCAAGUUCCUCGUCGAUCUCUCCGGGUUUCCGCAGACAACUCGGAGAAACGUUUCGGGAUUGGACGGCUUGCAGGACUUCUUGUUGUAUGUGCUUUGCGUGGUCCGGUGUGAGCCUGAGGAAGAGUCGUACAUGGUGGUGCAAACACCGGGUGAACUUUUACGGUACAAGUUCAAGACCAAAGUUUUCGAAAAGAUCUAUGAUGUUGGGCCAGAAGGGUCUGAUGUGAAUUGGCAUUCGUUGUUGAUGUUGUUCCCGGUGAUAGGGAUGUGGCCCGAUGACGCUUAUCAGUAUGUUGAGACUCUCACGCCUGUUUGA